ACAACUUUUAUGUAUUGUGGUUUGAAGUGGUGCCUAUAUAAAUAUAACGUGAGGGGAGACGCAGGGUUUCUGAUUUACUGUGAAUUAACAAUUAGCUGCUGCAGGGUCAAGAGAAUCCAACCGAGGCUUCCUUCAGCAUUCCAGAAGUGCAACACGCCGUCCAACCAUGGUGCGGGUGCAGUUGUCUUUGGUGAUAAUCCUGAGCUUUUGCAGCUCAUCUUCUGCUCCUUCAUCAAUUCACGAACCCGUCGGAUCAAACGCCACUCUUAACUGCAAGUACCCGAUUUCCCCUCUCGUGGGCUAUUACGAUAUCGAGUGGAUGAAGCGGUUUUCCAACAUACGCGACCAAGACCGCCCCAUUAUUUGGUUUACCAACGGCCAGCUGUACGCUGACCUGGACCAAGAAAUGAAGGGCAGGGUCUCCUUCAAGUCUCGUGACCCCCGAAACAGCGACGCUUCCAUAAUCAUCCGCGACUUGCGUCCCUCAGACUCGGGGACCUACGUGUGCAGUGUUCAAAAGUCAUCUGAAAUAGCCAAGAAAAGAGUCUUACUGACGGUCGUUGAGGAGUUGAGUAAACCGGUGUGUACCGUGGAAGGGGAUCCUACGGAGGGGAAGAACGUGACUCUCAAAUGCCGAUCAAAUGAUGCUCUAGUCACGCCUCUGAAAUUCACAUGGAAAAAGAUGAACGGAAACAGGAUGUCGCCUCCUAAAGCAUAUGUAGACACCAAAGAAGGAGACUUGUUCGUAAAGAAGAUCACAAACGACGACUACGGACAAUAUCGCUGCACAGUCAUAGGUCCGAGUUCUUCCAAAAGCUGUCUGGUCCUACUGAAGAAUCCAGACGCAGAACUGAUCGUCGAAGUUGAGUCCUUGCCCCCGGAUGCCCCCAGUAACGGAGAUCCAGUAACAGUGGCGGCCGUUACGAGCGUCGUGAUUUUGCUGGCCGUCGUCUGCGCUGUGGUUUUUGUAUGUUAUUGGCGCAGAAGGAAUCGAAUGUAUUUCCCCAAUGAAAUGGAGGACGUGGUGCCCCCGGUUUCUAACUAGCCGACCACAAAGGAGACCCAGAGCGCUGACUCAGGAUUCAAAACAAGGGACAUCUCUCAGGGGCGGUCUUUGCGGAGGACCAGGACAUCCAACGGCAACAACAUCCAUUUUCGAUUCUGUUUGUCCUUUCAUGUUUUUUUUUCCAUAUUUAUGCUGGCUGCACGGGUGUCAUGUGGUUAGCGCGCAGACCUCACAGCUAAGAAACCCGCGUUCAAUUCCACCCUCGGCCAUCUCUGUGUGGAGUUUGCAUGUUCUCCCUAUGCAUGCGUGGGUUUUCUCCAGGCACUCCGGUUUCCUCCCACAUGGUACUGAAUGAAAGCUGGAAUAGGUGCAGAUUCUGGAAAAUCUAUAAAAGUUUUCUGUGCAAGUUA